AUGGCACACUCCACUUCUCUCUUCUCUUUCUCUCUUUCUUCUUCUUCUCCUCUUCAUUCAUCUUCUCCACUAUGUCUUUCAAAACCCCUCUCCCCUUCCUUCAUUUCUACACUCCACAAUUCAACCUCUCGCGCCAAUUUCGCUGUUCGCUCCUCCUACUCCGAAAUGGGCUCUUCCCCUGAGCCAAUCAAAUUCAGGAAGCCCGAGAUUCCGUCCAGAGCUCACUUGGAACUUUCAAUGAAUGAAAAUAACACGCCAUCGUAUAAAUGGCGAAGGGUUUUGCUCAAAGUCAGCGGAGAAGCACUUGCAGGAGACCACACUCAGAACAUUGACCCAAAGAUAACCAUGGCCAUUGCAAGGGAAGUGGCAGCAGUGACUCGGCUUGGCAUUGAGGUUGCACUAGUAGUUGGUGGGGGUAACAUCUUCCGUGGAUCCUCCUGGGCCGGAAGUAGUGGACUAGACCGCUCAUCUGCUGAUUAUAUUGGGAUGUUGGCCACUGUCAUGAAUGCUAUAUUUCUUCAAGCAACAAUGGAGAGUAUUGGCAUUCCUACCCGGGUGCAGACUGCAUUUCGAAUGUCUGAGGUUGCAGAACCAUAUAUACGCAGAAGGGCUGUGCGGCAUUUGGAAAAAGGAAGGGUUGUUAUUUUUGCUGCUGGAACUGGAAAUCCAUUCUUUACCACGGACACUGCUGCAGCACUCCGAUGUGCAGAGAUUAAUGCAGAGGUUGUACUAAAAGCGACAAACGUUGAUGGAGUCUAUGACGACGACCCAAAGCGUAAUCCACAAGCACGUCUUCAUGACACACUAACGUAUCAGGAGGUAACUUCAAAAGAUCUGUCAGUGAUGGACAUGACUGCCAUAACUUUAUGCCAGGAGAAUAAUAUUCCAGUUGUUGUUUUCAAUCUAAACAAACCUGGCAACAUAGAGAAAGCUAUUAAAGGGGAAAGAGUUGGCACUUUGAUUGGGGCACACUGGAGUUCUACCGUAUACGAACAUGAAAAUAUUUGA